AUGUCUUCGUCAAAGAUGCCUAUUGCGGGCUACCUUGCUCUCUUGAGACGCAAUGGCACACUAGUUCAGGUUGGCAACCAUGACGAUGGAGUUUUCGAGGUACCAGCGCCUGGUUUAUUCAUCGGAAGGAAGAAGCUUGCUGGUUCAAUGAUCGGCGCACCAGGAAAAAUUCGAGAAAUGCUUCAGCUGGCGGCUGAGAAGAAUGUAAAGCUAUAG